AGCUGUGUCGACGUAGCAGAUGGCAGACAGGAUGAUGCUGUUCUUUGUGAAGGUCGUGCUGCUCUGGACUGUGUGUGUGGCACAAUUAGAUGACAUCUCUCAGCCUGUUUCCUUUCAAAAUGUGAAGCUGGGAGACUCAGCGACUGUUGAAUGCCACAUACAGAGUGAAGAGAAUAGGAGAGUGUGGUACAAAAUGACUGCAGGGAUGAGACUACAGCUUGUGGCAACAUUCAAUCCAAAAUAUAACCAAAGUCAGUUUGGCGAUAAAUUCAGGCAGGGUUAUUCAGUUAACCUAGACAGGAUCAACAAUCAUCUGAGCAUCGCUGCAACAACAUGGGAAGACACAGGAACAUACUUCUGUGGAGCAAUGUUCCUCAAUGAUAUUGAGUUUGGAUCAGGAACCCUCUUGAUGAUGAAAGGUUCAAACAUGAUCAGUGACUCUGUUGUCCAGCAUCCAGAGUCUCAGUCAGUCCAGCCGGGAGACUCUGUGACUCUCAGCUGUUCAGUUCAGACCAGCCUCUGUGCAGAAGAACACACCAGGGUCACGUGGCUGAAACACUCUCCUCACUCGGCUCCACAAAUGAUGUACUCAUCCAGAUACGAGAACCAGACAGGUGAGGGGACUGUGACUGGUAACGCUACCUAUGUGUACAACCUUCUCAUGACGAACCUCAGCUGUGAUGAAGAUGGAACCUACCACUGUGUCGUGACUGCAUGUGGGCAGAUACUGUUUGGGAACGGGACCAGGAUUCGUAUUCAUGAAACCACACUGAUUCAACUGAGUCCAACUGUCAUGGCUCUGGUGAUGUCAAAUAUUAUUCUUGGGAUUGUGUCACUCAUUCUUUCAUGGAAACUUGGCAAGAGUCGGAGCAAAAACAAUGCAGAUGCAACUUAGUGCUGUGAAGUCAGUCAGGCUCGUGAUGGACUUAUCUAUGCAUCUGUGUCUGGAGCCCCUGGAAGCUUCCUAUCUAGAACACAUGAAAAACCAGAGAGUGGAGAUUCUGUGGUUUAUUCUGAUGUCAGAUCAUAUCAGUAGAACCUGGAAGAUAUGUCUCUGAAAUGCAGACAACCAAAAGAAACAAAUGUGGACUGAAAGAGCAAAAAUACCUUGCUACUACAUCAAGCCAUUUUAACAUUUAACAGCAAGACCAGAUAUUUAUUCUAGAUAUCUAUAAUUCAAUUAUUCCUGCUUAAAAAAAGUGGACAACCUCAGGCAACUGCACUCUUCUUCUAUGGACCCAUGCUGUUGUUAUACUUGCUGAAUGUGGUUUGGCAUUGUCUUUCUG